CCACUGCUCCGCAGCACCACAGCUGCUCGAUCCACAGCAACCUCCUCUCUCAACCAUGAACGGCAAACUCCUGGCUGUCCUGGCUCUUCUCCUCGUUUCAGCAGCUCUGUCUCAAGGCAGAGCCCUGGCAAGGAUGGGAACCGAGCUGCGGUGCCAGUGCAUCGCCACUCAUUCCAGGUUCAUCCCUCCCAAGUCCAUCCAGGAUGUGAAGCUGACACAGAGUGGCCCUCACUGCAAGAACGUGGAAGUCAUAGCUACUCUGAAGGACGGCAAGGAGGUGUGCUUGGAGCCCACUGCUCCCUGGGUGCAGCUGAUCAUCAAGGCAAUUUUGGCCAAGGCUCAACUCAACUCUGACUCACCACUCUGAGAGACACCAGGACAGAAAAGAUCUGGGAACUGCUUCCUGCUCCUCUGCUGAGAGGAACUCUUGGCCAAAGCAUCACUCAGGCAGCAUUCUACCCUCCACCUCCUGCAUCAGUGUUAACCCCUUAGUGAUGGACUCUG